CUCUCACUCCUUGCCCCAGAGCAGCGUGUCUGUCACUGUCAUUCACCAUCGUUAUGAAGGGCAUUGCUGCUUUGGCCAUCUUUGCUCUGGCAGCCACUGCAUGGGCUGCCUCUCCAGCAGCCAAAGGGACAGAGGUGGACUGUUCCCAAUACAAUGGAAAAGGCACAAAAAUUGCAUGCCCAAGGAAUUUGAGUCCAAUAUGUGGCACAGAUCAGAAAACUUACAGCAAUGAAUGCAUGCUUUGCAUGCAAAACCAAGAGAAAAAUUUGCAACUCAGAAAACUUCAUGAUGGUAACUGUAUUAAGUGCACCAAAUAUUCUGAGGUCUGUACCAUGGAAUACAUUCCUCACUGUGGAUCUGAUGGAAAAGAAUAUCCCAACCAAUGUACAUUUUGCAACGCUGUUGUGGAAAGUCGUGGUACGCUUUCUUUGGAAAAUUAUGGAAAAUGCUCCCCAAUGCUGAAGGGCACCAAAUCCCCCUCUGGCAGAUUCCGCUGAGAGGACCAGUUUCUCCAGGAUGGCUGAGGAGGCAAAGGGUGAUUUGGUGCAAAUGUGAAUUUGAUUCUUCAAUAAAAAAUUCUCAGCAGGAAACCUA